AUGUGGCAUUACUCUGGAUUCCAGAUCAAGAACACCCCUCCCAAAGGGUCACUCCCGCCUUCGCCUGUGCGAGAUCUGAAGGUGUUGGCGCUGACGCCCAACACAUACCAGUUCUCCUGGACUGCCACUGGCGAUGACUUGGACGACGGUGUGGUAAGCGAGUACGAGCUGCUUUUGCUAGACAGCUGGACGGGACGCGCCAAGGACUUCGAACAUGCCCGCCCCAUCAACCUCAGCCGCGUGGUCGAGCGAGACUUCGAGACCAAAGUGCUCCUCGAGGCCGGGUCGAAGGUCGUCGUCAAUGUCUCGCUGGAAGUGGACCGGGAGAAAUACCUGACCAUCAGAGCGGUCGACGCCGAGGGCAACAGAGGCAUUGUGUCCAAUGUGGUCACUUUAAGUUUCGCUGGAGAGUCUACAAGCGUCGCUCCCACCGACGAAAGCACUAUGACCAUGGACCCCAGCAGUACAGUGGAGACCGGGACUGACAGUGGCAGUACCAGUGACCCCAGAAUCAACAGAGAUCACACCAAGACUGUUAAUGGCACGAGGGUCAGCGGUCAUCACAAUGCAAUGAGCGUCUCCGGCACCAACAGUAACAGCUCAUGGAAUAAAGAGAGAGACUCUACAAAGGUGGUGGUCAUUAUUUUGCUUGUAACAGUGUGCUUGGUAACGAUACUUAUCUUUUGCUCGGUGCACUACUGCCGCAGGAAGGCAAAUUGGAGGCCAAAGCUGUGAGAAAUGACCGCCUCUAAUGUCAUUUGUCUGAUUAGAGAAAUGCUAUGAUUUCAUACCAGCCUACAUAUAUAAUUAUCAGUAAAUAUCAGUCAAUAUGCAGGCACAAACAAUAACCUGUGAUAAAACUGGAUUCAGUGUAGCGGUGUUUUGCAUUCAUAUUUACUGUAAAUCAUCAUUGAUUUUCAAAGAUCUAUACCUAAUUCUAUUAUAAUGCUUUACUUGCUUGC